CCGAAGAGGAUUAUUAUUGGUCGAAAAAGAAACCCGGAAGUAAACUGCAGUGUUUUCAAAGCAAGUUACACACACGUGUUGAAAAUGGUCCGAUUCAAAUCGAGGUAUUUGCUCUGUGAGGUAUGUGUCUCAAACCGGAACAGUCUUCAGUUACUGGAAGAGAGAACCAUUCACCACACACUCAGAGCUGCCGUGAACCGAGCACACGGAGACUAUGGCUCAGCCCUGUUUAACAUAGGGGUCUCAGUGAAAUACCUGAAUGCCCACACUGGAGUGGUUCUUAUACGCUGCAGGAAGGGGCAUUAUCGACUCCUCUGGUCUGUUCUUCCUCUCAUUACCUACCUUGAGAAUAGAGGUCAGAAGGUGCAUUGCUUCCUAAACUGCUUACAUGUAGGAGGAACAAUUAGAACAUGUCAGAAAUUUCUGGCUCAGUACAACAGACAACAACUUCACAGAAUGCUGCCAGACUGCAAAACAGAUGCUGAAAAACAAGAGGUUCGAAGAGCAAUCCUGAGUUGUUCACUGACUAAUGUCAAGGGCAAGGAAGCAGAUGAAGAAGAAAGUGAUGAUGACGACGAUGAUGUUGAUGAAGAUACCUAAACCUGCCUAUAUCAAGCAAAAUGUGAAGCUUAAGAUGUUGAAGUCCUUAUUAUCAUUCAGUGAUUGAAGCAUAUGUUAUCUAUACAUGUAUCUAUAAACAGUAAAUCAAUUGUUAAUAUAACUUCUCAACGUUUUUGGUAAAAAAAAAACUUUAUUGCAUUUAAUAAAUUUUCAUCUUACAUUUUCAUCUUAAAAGUCAUCUUUACUGGGGUUUUUUUUUGUAAAUUCAAUUAGUUAUUCCUGCAAAUAUGUACUCGUCUUAAAAGUGUUGUAUCGGGCACGUGUUUGUUAUGAAAAUGUUUUCAUACUUUUGUACGGACUGAAACAAAUAUUUACUAAACAGUUUUAUCAAACAAACAUUAUUGUUAAUAUUUCGAAAUCAAUAAUAAAUGGCUUAUAGUAAUUAAAUUGUUUAUUGAGUUCAAAUAAGUAAAAUGUUAACCAUAACACACUUAAUCACAUGACUGUCACAGUAAAAUACACCAAUGAGAGCGCAUACAAAAUCUGCGCAUGCGCAUUUUGUAAACCCUGC